AAUUUAUUUAAGUAUUUGUACCAUUUAGUUAUAUACGUAAUAGUUAAUAAAUUUUUUAGUUAUUCAAUAUAUAUUUAUUAUUUCAUAAUAUUUAAAAAAUAUAGAAUACUUGAAAAUAAUAUAUAUAUAUAUAUAUAUAUAUAUAUAUAUAUAUAUAUAUAUAUAAUAUUCAUUCCGCGCAAGGCGCGGAUUUUAACCUAGUUAUAUAUUAUACGAAAAACGAUUGUUUGCUACAUGAACAAUACAUCACUACAUAGUCACAUAUUUGGACAAAACUAUGUAUUAAAUAUUACAUGAACUAUAUAACUCAUAUGGCAACAUCCCUGAACUAAUAUGUGUUAUGUUACUAACACCUCAACAUAAUUACAAUAGCCAUUAAAGUGUAUCAGACUUGUAAUCCGACAAUAUUCGAUGAUGUGUAGCAUGUUAUGACAUGUUAUAAUAUUUUAUAACAUGUAUAACAUGUCAUAACAUGUAUUUUGAUUUAACAUGCAUUUUGAAUACUUGGUCUACGUGGUUUCAUUUUGUUUUGUUUUUAUCAUUUGGAUAUAUGUUAUGAUCCAUUUCUCAUUAAAAAAAAUUACUGCAUGAUGCCGAAUUUCAAAUCCAGCACAUUUUUUCAGUAUCAAAAUUAUAUGUAUAGUGUUAGCGACAUAACACAUAUUAAUUCUGGAAUAUAGUCCUGUGAUUCAUAUAUUUCGUAUAGUUUUCAAUAUAUUGCUUUUGUUUAAAUGUGUGGUUAUAUGGUGGUGUAUUAUUCGUGUAUCUGCUAAUCAAAUUUUCUACAAUAUGAAAAGAUUUUUUGCGUUAGGCCACACAAGUUAUUUUAAAUUUUUAAAUUUUUAGUUUAGUAUUAAAAUUUAAUUAUCUUAUCAAAUAUUAAAUAUAAUACUUUAUUCUUUAAAUUUUCAGUUUGAAAACCUCAUGCGUCAACAAUAGAUAUGUUUCUAGCCAUUAGGUUGGGGGUAAAACUAAUAGUGGUAUGGCCAUGUAGGUAAAUAUAAUCAGCAAAACAGUUGUCAACAUUACGGUUUUCCUACUAAAAACUACCGUAGGAAUCAAAGACGCAAUUCUCGUGAUAAAUGGACCAGGACGAAAGAAAAAAAUUGCAGUAUAACAAACUUAUUAUAAAUAAAUUUAAAGGAUUAAAAAUGGUCAAGAGAAACUGUAAUUAAACUAAAAAUUUAAUAUUGAUAUAAAAAUAGUAGUAAGUAUUACAAUUUCUCUUGACCAUUUUUAAUCCUUGACCAUAUUUAGUCAAAUACAAUCUAUCUUGACCAUUUAGUAAGUAACAUAUCAAUUAAUUAAUGUAACACUUUUGUCAUCAUCAUAGUCAUACAUAAUUUUGGUGGCAAAAGUGGUAUAUUAAUCCAUUAAUAUGAACUAUGCUGAUGCAGUGAAUGGAGACUCAUUUGAUAAAAAAGAAGAGAAAGUAACGUACGUGGCUGCUCUAUACUAUAUAACAUAGCCAGAGAGAGUCGUGUUCUGUCGUCUUCAAGUGAAUUGAGAAAGAAGCAAAGAGAGAGAGAGAGAGAGAGACAGAGAAGAUAUGAAGAUGAGUGGAUCUGAUGAAAAGAUUCUUCUACUGAUAGGUAUGGUGGUUUUAACAGUCGCAGUGAGGGCUAUAGAUGAAGACCCUACCGGGUUCGUGACAUGGGGACAUAAUUACUACAAAACAUGGGGACAACCAGCUUUGGUUAUUAACGAAACCUCUGAGCUCCACCUCACCCUCGAUCAUAAAUCUGGGUCGGGGUUUGAAUCAAACUCGAUAUACGGAUCAGGAUCUUUCAAUAUGAGAAUCAAGGCACCCCAAACCAAGUCUACGAGAGUCGUUACUUCCUUCUAUCUAAUGUCCAAAUCAAGCCGCAAUGACCAGCUAUGUUUCCAGAUUUUUGGAAAUGGGCCAGCUUAUUUGCUGAAUACAAAUAUAUUUAUAAACGGUGAAGGAGAUAAAGAUCAGAGGUUUCAUCUUUGGUUUGAUCCAACAAAAAAUUACCAUUCAUAUAGGUUUCUUUGGAACCAACAUCAACUUGUGUUCUAUGUAGAUGAUACACCGAUCCGAGUGUACAGGAAGAAUCCAGGCAUUUCGUACCCAUCUGUGCAAACGAUGUUUAUGCAUGGGAGUGUGAAAAACGGAUCGAUAGUUGACCCCAAGGAGAUGCCUUACACUGCUGAGUUCCAGGCAUCAACUAUUGAUGGGUGUGUAACUGAUUUUUUUGGUAUACAAAAAUGCUUUGGUCCUGAAUUUUGGUGGAAUCGCAAAGAAAAUUGGCAGCUGAGCUCUAGAGAGAGAAAACUGUAUAUGAAUGCAAGGAAAGUGUACAUGGACUAUGACUAUUGCUCUGACAGAAAGCUAUAUCCAGAGGUGCCUAAAGAAUGUAAGUCACAAUUAGCGAAAAUUUAAUACUUCAUUCGCCACAAAAACGGAAACCGUUGAAAUAAUAAUAAAUGUUACUGUAACAUUGUUUUGUAAUACGAUGUUACUAUCAAAUAUAAAGUAUAUCAAUCAAAAUAACUACUUUAUUGCCAUCGCUGCUAGCUAUAUUGAUACGCCUCGUUAAAAAGCAUGGAUCCGAAGAUCCGAAUUGAAACUGAAUUGAAAUAACUGAAAUCAAAAUUGGACUGAAACUUUGGCAGUUCAUAAAACUUUAUAUCCAAAAUAAUCACAAAUGGAAGUUUAAUUCCUAAAGAAACACUUCAUGAAGCCUCCGAAAAUUGAUUAAUUUAUUUCUUCAUUUUCUACAUGACUCGAAAGGUGUCAUAUUGAAACCAAGAAAUAUAGCCUGCAGAUAUGGAGCUGGAGCUUCUAACUAUGAUGAAUGCGAUAAAUUAUGGAUAUGAUGUCGGAAAUAGACCAAAUUUUAUAUCACCCUUCAAUUCAAAAUAGCAAAAGCAAUGUCUCCUUGCAUAACAUGGAUUCCAAACAUUAAUGAUCUUUAUGUGAAUAAAUCAAACCGAACCGAUAAUCAAACGAAUAUUUAAAAAUAUAAAAUAUAAAUUAUACAUACAUAUAACAUAGGGAUAAUUUGAAAAUACUUUAUUCAUGAUUUUUAAUUUGAAAAAUACAUCUCUCUUUUCUUGUUUUGAAAACUACUCAUUUUUCUAUGUGAUAGGACAUCUUUACCCAAAUAAUCUAAAGUUUCCUAUGGCUUCUGGUUUUAUUGGGCCAUUAAUUAUAUUAUCAUAUUGGCCCAAAUAAUCUAAAGUUUGUUUCAGUGAGAUGCUAUAGAAGAGAGUUGAGUCGCAGUGUCCCUUUGGAACUCAUCAGAUCCAAGCAUAACGUUUUUAGUUUCUGUUUUUCUUCCUCAUUGUCAUCUACGGUAACCGAUUGCAACUCCGCCUAUAAAUUUGUGUUGAAUGCGAUGAACGGCUUCAAACUUUGUCAAGCUCAGAUUCUUUGGCUCCUACAACGAUUUCAGCUUCUCGAUUCCCACCUUCUCCAUCUCUCCUCUUAACGAUGAUGAUUCUCUCUCUCUCUCUCUCCCAGCCGCUUUGUAAUGCCCCGACCUGUCCACGGCUAAUGGGCCACCCACACCCGCUCUCUCGGUUCGUGGGCCCAUCCCGUCUGACGAUCGGUCCGUUAAUUUUCCAAAAGCUCGAAAUCACUAUUUACUGACCCUGCAAUCACCACCCGACCUUUUCCUGGCUUCACUCGUAUACUAUCGCGAAUCACUUCCCAAUAGGUCACCCAUCUUUCCACUACUCCAGUUCAAGCACGUUUAACUCUGGAGUUCUUUCAGGAUGUGCUCCGGAAAAGGUAAGUCAACUUUGGUGACAUAGGUAGCCAAAUUAAUUUUCUUAAGCCUUUCUGUAUAUCACAACUCUGGAUGUUAACACGCUUCCUCCGAGUCAGCUGAAGUCCACGGCAAAAGCACUUGUCCGCUUCGAGACAACUAAGCCGCGCCCAUAAAGGGAAGUUAGCGUAGAUACGAAGUCAGGCCCAUGUAAGCCUAUUUUGUAUACUUUUAAUUACCUUUGCGCCUUUUUAGUUUCCACUUAAACUCGAGAGAAACUGUUAAUGUAGUUAUGGAGGAUCAGAACAAGAAUGUUUGGCUAUGGAGUUAUGUCGCUGCAUCGAAAAACAAAAAGCUCUAUCUUUGACGUAUCUCUCACUUCCAGACGUGAUACCUGAUGAAUGCGCUCACUUAAUUUGGGAGAGGAGGAAGACAGACGAAGACGUUGGAGGAAUUAGACCACAUAAGCUUUCUCUGUGUUGAAGGAUAUAUCGGAAGGCUCAAAACAGAGAAAUUACAGUUUUCAUCAUGUAUCUAGGGUCUGUCUUAAUGUUGGUGAUGCUCUUGCUAAAACAGGCAAGACUUAGCAAGAAGGAUUAUGUUGUAACUUGGUUGUAGUGAACAAUGUUUCAUAAUAAAAAAAUUGACAAAAAAAAAAUCGAGAGAACAAUAAAAAAAUAUUGUAAGGGAUUAAAGGUAAUGUUCUUCUCCGGAACAUGGUUGAUGAAACAAAUUAAAAGUCUUUUUUUGACAAAAAAAAUUAAAAGUUGAGGACAUUUACCAACUUAUUUUCAAAUAAGAAUUAUUGUAUUGUUAUUCUUUCUUUUGUCUAACCAAUGUGGGAACUUGUGAUUUGAAGAUUGAUAAGAGAUAUUCAUUGUUUUAUUCUUAUAAAAAACAAACAAUAGCAACUGAUUCUUAAAAUACGAAAAAAAAAAAAUUCUUUUAGGCAUCAUGGAAUAGAACCGCCAAAAGUUAAACGAUGAACUAGAUUCUUCUUUUUUUUUCUUCUUUUGACAACUUUCAAUAUUUAUUAAAGAAAAAUGUACAAUUGCAUGUGUAAUAUUUAGAUUUUCCCAAACAUUAUAUAGUAAUUUCCUUUUUUUCGGUAAAAUGUUAAAUAUUAUACCAAUUUUCAAAUUUUGAUAGAUGAUACAGAAAAAACUAGUAGCAGAAAAAAAAUAACGACAACAAAACACAAGAACAAACUACGAACAACAGCAAAGCCACAUACAAUGAACAUCACAACUCAAGGGAAAUACAAGAUUAACAACGAGACGGGCUCGAACCUAUCAAACCCGAGAACAACAUGAGAAACCUACAAGUUGCCGCGAGCUACUGAGAGAAGGGCGCCGUCUAACCCUGAAUGCAACUGCUCCUACAGCUUCCUAUAAGUACCCAGAGCACUCCCAGGCAAAGAAUCGGAACACGGGUCCAAAACAAGCAGAGAUAAAAGAAACCACCGACGGUACGAGGAGAAGCUGUAAACCAACGCUGCCAUCGCUCAGUUGAAUACGCUGGAGAUUACCGCCUCCAUUGCAUCCCAACGUGACCGUGUACACCCAUCUAACUGCCACUCAUAUAGAGAGACAGAUCGGAAGUUGGACAACCCUCCGGAGGAGACAAAACCAUAGCCGGACUCUGAAACCGCUGUCAAAUUGUCGACCACGCAAACCGCUCAAAUCGGUAACACCCACAAGCCACAACGACAAAGCUGUUGAGAUUGUUUGAGAAGAGAAAGUGACAGAGCAGGUCACUAACACCGACCACCACUAAAGUCUGAGGAGAGCAUAAAACAUAACCGGAGCCAAGCCGGAGCAAAAGCGAGACUGGAGGAACUCAAACCCUAACGCGCAGCCACCAGGGAACACGGAGAGGCGGACCGACGCCUCCGCCACCGAAGGACCACACGCACUGCACCAUCGGAGAACACAAUAGAGCACCACAAACAAGACAGAGGGGCAAUAAGCUUACCAAGUCCAGCGAACCAAACACCCCAACUCCACUCGACUACUCGCACUCCCACAGAUGCCACACCGGAGGAAUACAAGACCGAGGAGGAGCAAGCCGGCGCUGCAACAUCACCAAUCUCGGAGAGGCUAACCUGAAACUCGGAAAAAUGACCAGAACCACCUAGGCAGACAGAGGUUGAACGCAGAGCAGGGAGGAGCCGUCCUCAAGCCAUCCACGGCCACCACAAACCCAGAUCUACUUUUGGAAGUUCAGAUCUGAGAACCAAGCAGAUAUCUCCCUCAGUCGCAGAAAACAGAGAUAACAGAGGAGAAGCAGAACAGCAGGAAAAGGAGACAAACAACGGGUCCGGCGGCCGCCGGAAAAAGAGCUUGAGUCGCGGAAACCCUUGGAGAGAGGUUGGAGAGAAAACUUAGGAGAGAGAGAGGGAUAGUAAUUUCCUUUUUGCAAUGGUCUAUUUUAAUUCCAAGCUAUAUAACAUUAUUUUUCAUACUUAGCGCCAGAUUUUUAAAGAAGAUUUUAUCACAGAUUUACAAACUUAACAUAUACAUAUUAUCACCGUAACACUUAGACCUAGUAAUAAGUAUUGGAACCAUAAACAUUAGAAUUUUUUUCUUUUGAGAAUAGUAUUAUCCAACGCCUGGACGGAGAUCAACCGCCCCGAGUUUACCAUAAUCGGACCAAAAAAUCGGUAACCAAUUAAUCGGCCCAAUAAACCAAUUAAUCAGGCCAGUAACUAAUUAAUCAAUCGAUUACCUGAUUAGUCAGGCGAUUAGUAAAUUAAUCAGUCCAGUAAGAAACUCAAAAAGAAAAAUCUUAGCUAAUACUAAUAGAGAUAUUUUCGGGGCUUAUUAAGAAGCCCAUAUAUCUUGAAAUGCAUCAAUCAUGUAGGGGAUUAUAUAUAGAUCAUGAUUUUUUUUAACAAUAUAUAGAUCAUGAUUUCACUACCUUUUCCUUUAGUAACCGAUGUGGACUUUUUCUCAAAGAGAUAAAUAAUCGAAAAUAAUGAAAAUAAUCUAAAGGAAUGUCGAACCCGGAUUGUAUGGCGCGCCGGAUCAAGGACCAAACCACUAGUAGACAUCAACUUAUUUGUUAUGAUACCCAUAUACUUAUAUAUCCACAUAUAAAUAUAAUAAAAGUACAAAAACUAAGCUCUGCUUAAUUCUCGUUUAAUUUCUGAUUUUUUCGGUAACUCGCUAGACCCGAAAUUUUCACCCGACUAACCCCUAGCAUAGUUCCAAACAGGGGAUAUUACUCAAAGAAAUUUUUUUUAACCAAUCGAGUUAGCACGCCUUAAUUGGAUCAUGGACUUUCAAUGAUUAUGAUAGCAUUGUUUGACAUUUUUACUAUCAAUCAUUCAGUGACCGAUAAUUCUAUUUAUAUAAAAGGUUAAACGUAAUGUAAAUUGGAAAAAACAGUAUGUAACAUUUUCUAAUGUUUAAUAGUAAGGUUGACGACAAAAAAAAGAGAGAUUAAACUUAAAGUUAUUAAUAGAUUAGUUUUGAGAGUGUGGUUAGGAAAAGCAGUGCAACUAGGUAGAAUAAAAAAUAAAGAAACUGAAUGGAAUAAGAAAAGAAAAAAAGGUGCUUCAGAAAAAGAAAAAAAAAAUCAUAAUAAACUUUUACUCUAGAAAAAAGAAGAA